AUGGUUACCGAACGCUGUGUAGCUUUGUGGAAACGCAAGAAGUACGAAAAGUUCGGAGGAGAACUAGGUUUCGCCCUUGCUGCGUUCUCGGUCCUGGCUGCGUUCGCUCUCACCGCAUGGGCUUUACGUAGAGCAGAAUACUCAGACAAACCGUACUGCUCUUCGUCUACGCCAGCUACAUUAGCAAGAUCGGCUACAAUAUACAUCAUUCUUUGCGGAGUUAGCAUAACUGCGUUGAUCGGCGUUGUGCUUCUAUUCACUACAAAUCGAAUGGCCGUAAAAAAAAAGCAUUUCGAUCUUACGUCCUCUUAUCAACUGAACGAAAAUUACACUGUGAUCAGAUUACUCCUACCUCACGCCGUAUUCCAUAGCCUAUGCUACAUAUUUUUCACAAUUCUUUCUACAUUUCUCUCUAGCAAUGUGGGAAAAUUCGAGUAUGUCACAUUCCGAAUGCUGUUCUCCCUCACCUACAUUAUUCCUGUAUAUACGGCAAUCUCACAAAUCAUGAUGUGGUUUAUCACAAAGUAUUCAAAACGUUUGAAAACGACUAGACUGAACCAAGCUACCCAAGCGGUUAUAAGAAAAGAUGACGUCUACUUUAGUGGGUAUUCUAAGAUGUGGACGUGA